AUGUUUGCUAAAUUGUGUAUAUACGCUUUCUUUUUAAUUGCGAUCACAACUAUAACCAUAGGAGCAUUUCUAGAGGUAUCAUCAAAAUUGACUAGUCACCAUGCUCAAUUGGAAAAGUAUGGACCACCAAAUCAGCAGUCUCUGAGUCGCCGUGGACAUUUGAAUAAGCGACUUCAAUUUGUCGAGUGUAAAGAUGGGAACGAUGUACUCCUUGAUUCAUAUUGUAACAAAUUGAGAAAAAUAAUUGUUCAUUGUCAACAUCCUGAUGGUAAACUCAUCACUUUUAAUAAAUCAUGUAAAAAGGAAGAAGUAUGUAUUGAUUAUAAUGAUGCUAAUGGAAAUCAUCAGGCACUUUGUAUAGAAAAUCUAUAUGUCAGAACAUGGACUAGUAUUGAUUAUAAUAAACUUUCCUGUUCAUCUGAUACAGCAUACAUUCAAGGGGGAGAUUUGCAUACCGGAGUGAAUACAUACUAUGAUGAUGAUGAGUACCCAGCGGAAGUGUAUCAACUACAGACAUUUUUGUCAGAACAAAUGGUUGAAAAUAACUUUUAUAAACACAAUAUCACUAAAGAAUUCCAUGAUUAUCGCAAUACUGAAAGGAUAAAAUACUGUUUCACUCCAGGAAGCAAUCUUAAAAUAACAGCUUAUGCUGUAGCUAUAAAUUUUGAUCCUAAAGCGGGAAAUGAUAAAGGAACACCUAUAAUAGGAGAUUUGAUAAUUGAUGGCGUUGCCGGUCUCAGCAAUUUCUUGGAAUUUAUGGCGACUUUUGAAGAAGAAGUUGAAGACGCUUCUUGUGAUGAUGAUGAUGAGCUCAGUUCACCUAAUCUUCUAACACUCUGA